AUGAAUACAAUGAAAAAUCCGUUAGCUCAUGCUAGUCCAUUACCAUCUCUUCAUCCAAUACAUCCUAGCACACCAUUAAAAUCAUCUCAUACAACAAUACAACCUAUUUUACCCAAUACUCCUUCAACAUCAACAUCAAAAAAACGUCAAACAAAAAAACAUGUUCGUUUUGCAUCAAAAUUAGAAACAGUAGAAAAAGAUUUAUCAUUAUCAAAGAAUGACAAGCCUAUUGUAUCAACAAUAAAAUCAAACAAACGAAUUAUUGAUUCAAAACGAGAUGAUGAACCAUUAUAUGGUACUUAUGUUGAAUAUUUAGAAAAACAUGGUGCUUUAACAUGUGAUACGUCAGAAAUACGUCGACCAUCACGACCAUCACCACCAGUAUUACCAUCGCAUGAAUCUGAAAUUGAAUUAUCAACAUAUACAAAGACAUCUUUUAC